GGUCUUAUUUUUUGUGCUAUUGACUGUCUUUGUUCCUGUCCAAUUUCCAGGAUUUGCAUCUUUUUUAUUUAUUUAUUUUUACUUUUUGGUCCUUGCCCUUGGUCCAGAAAAAAAAAAAAAUCUUUUUGCAAGUCAGCAGACGUGGCCAGUCAUAGUGCUCCCUCUUACACUACACACCACAAGAGCUAUCAAAGAAACGCCUAGCACCAUCGUUUUUGUGAUUUGUACUUUGGUUUUGUCGUGCUCUUGUCUACGUGUGCGGCAAUGGCCUCCUCCAAGGAAAUCCUGACGUCGACGAGGCCAUUGAUCCAACACCGUCAGUCUAUCUCUUCAGGUCCGACAUCCGUCAUGUCGUCCGCUCGCCCACCUUCCCACUCACGCAACAAUUCCCACUCGCUUUCCGCUUUGUCCGGCGUCCAUAAUCCCACCCACCGAGUAACCCGCCGCAAAAGCAUAACCAACCCUACCGCGAAUGCCGCUGCCGUCGUGGCCGCUCUACAAGAAGCUGGCGAAAAAGUGACGGCCCUGCCAAUCACUGUCAACUCGCGCCGCGGUACUAUAUCUAAGUCUGCCGCUACCGCCCGGGCCACCGUCGUAGGCAGUCUCCCUUCGCCGCCUUCCAGUCUACCGACUCAUCGUUUCACAAUGCAUCCGAAGCCGGAAGGACAGGAAAGUGCGAUUGAUGACGAUUCCAACGAUAUGUCCGCCGACGAAGGGGAGAACGGGCUUCAGAAGGCACGGAUUCGUCGCGCAAGCGAUGGCCAACCUCUCACGAAGGAGGGCAGGAAGAUCAACCGCGUCGAGCUUCGAUGCGACAAGUGUGGAAAGGGAUACAAGCAUAGCAGCUGCUUGACCAAGCAUUUGUGGGAACACACUCCCGAAUGGUCUUACACAUCCAAGCUUCUCAUCUCCAAGCAUCAGCAAGUGCAAUUGCUUGAAGCAGCGUCUGUUCUUGUUGCCAUGAACACAAAGGACUCCACUACGCCUCCCGACUCGGCCAAGGAUUUUGCUAGCGAAACAGGGUCGGCGUCUCCGACUGCCUCGGGCUACUCGGAACACCACGAUGGACGCAGCUCUGCGGAUACCACUCCGCCGCCCCAGGACACGUUUUCCGUGAGUAAUGCGAUGAAUUACCGCGAUGCCCCGAAGCGCUAUAGCAAUGGGAGUAAUUACUCGCGAUCAUACCAAUCGAACGUGCCAGGAUCUUUCCUCCCCGGUAGCUUAACCCAAAGGAGCGGAUUUAGUCAUAACCGCCAUGGUAGUAUGGAUCGUCGUCCUCUGUCAUCUGGGCUGAAUAACACUGGCCAAGAGGACCGUGACCUUGCAGCAGCAGUGGAAUUGCUCAGCUGCAGCAUUGGCAGCAACGGCGGAAACCGGGAUGCACGGCUCCCAGAGGAUGCCCCUCCGGUUCCUCCGUUGCCUGCCCGAUACCUAGAUCAAGCAGCUUUCAGUAGCACAAGCUUCAUCAACAGUUACACAACACAAAUGCCUGAGAGCUUCACCCGCGGUGACUCCCGCCCGGUGGUGGAUGUAAAAAUGGAAGAUAGCGAAGGUAGCAUAGCGGAUGAAGAGGAGGAGGAACGACGCUCCAGGGCGCGAAGCAGUGAGGAAGAUGAUGACAUGAUGUUUGGGCGCAUGGAAGAAUAAGCUUUGGACUGUACCGACUGUACCAUUGGUCGAGAAAGUUUCUCCCGAUGAUUGGAAAUGAGGCAUGAUUUUGGUAUUUCCUUUGUACCACAAACACGUAUAUUAACACUUGUAAAUGGGUGGUUCGCUCCGCCGCCGGGACCUUAGCACCGAAGAGUGGCGGCCUUCAAAGAAAUUGAGAGCCGGUGGAAGAAAUCCCCACGAGGUUAAAGUGAGGUUCGGAGGGAGCGUCGAGUGAACACCAAGAGCGACCAGAAAGCUUUUUCUUCCAAAGUUUCACGACUCUAAGGCAGAUGACACAUGAGUGUACGACUGCGGGUCUACAAUGUAGACGCAAGACACUCGUCUGUUUUAAUGAAAGGGCAACGUUAACAAAUGAUGUUUGAGAGAGACUUACACUGGAGUGACCAGAGGAUGAUAGCUUGCAGCUUGGAAUCAUAACUCGCGGAAUGCGGAGAAAGCUACACCUGUGAUGAUCUGCAUGCUGUACACGGCUUGAAAUCUAAGGGCCGAGGGAGGAAGAGCCAUUUCACGGACCUCU